ACAUGAGUGCUAAGCCCACCAAGCACACAAGACACGCACACAAAAUUAUAGAUAACUACACAACAACAGACAUAUGCUCACACCUUGAGCCUGAAAUCACAGAGACGUUAUAGAGAUAAUAGCCACAGUGGUCCAGUCUGAUUUCUGAGGGCCUGCAGUGAGGAGGCAGGUUGAUCAGUGAGACUCAGAUCUACGGCAGAGCGACAGUGAUCACAGACCAGGCAAAGGAUUCACUGAGAUUGUCCAGCAAACACCAUGGACCGGGAGGAUGAUAAAAACUCAGUGGAUAUCCACGACAAUCCUCCAGUUCCUGAGAAUUUUGUGAAGGAGGACGAAGACACUGUCUAUUUCAUAUAUGACGAGGAGGUGGAGGUGGAAGAGAAGGACCCAGAACCUCCUUCAGAGCCAGUUCGCCGGAUCAAUGACAAACCCCACAAGUUCAAGGACCACUAUUGCAAGAAACCCAAAUUCUGUGACGUCUGUGCUCGCAUGAUAGUCUUGAACAACAAGUUCGCUUUGAGGUGUAAAAACUGCAAGACCAACAUCCACCAUUCGUGUCAGUCAUAUGUUGAGUUUCAGAGAUGCUUUGGCAAAAUUCCACCUGGUUUCAGAAGAGCCUACAGCUCCCCUCUGUACAGCAGUGACCAACCUGAUCCAAACAACCCAAACCGGAAUGACCCCGUCUUUGACACCCUGCGAGUCGGUGUCAUCAUGGCGAAUAAGGAGCGGAAAAAGAAUGAAAAUGACAAGAAAAAUAUGAUGAUGAUGAUGGAGGAAGAGGAAGAAGAGAACCACCAGCCCAAAGAGAACGAGGAGGGAGGAGAAGGAAAGCCUGAUGAUAAGAAGGAGAAAGGAGGAGACAAAGCAGAUGAGAAAGUGAUAAACAAGAGUAAAGGAACGUUCUCGCAGUCACACUAUUACCUGGCUCUCUACCGCUUCAAGGCCAUUGAGAAAGAUGACCUUGACUUCCACCCCGGUGAUCGGAUCACAGUGCUGGAUGACUCCAAUGAAGAGUGGUGGAGAGGGAAGAUGGGAGAUAAGACGGGCUACUUCCCCACCAACUACCUCAUAAAAGUGCGUGCAUCAGAGAGAGUUUUCAAGGUGACGCGCUCCUUUGUCGGGAACAGGGAGAUGGGACAAAUCACACUAAAGAAAGAUCAGAUUGUGGUGAAGAAAGGAGAUGAGAAGGGCGGCUACUUGAAGGUCAGCACCGGACGCAAACUGGGCUACUUCCCCGCAGAUCUGCUGCAGGAGAUCACUGUGACAUAAAGGCCAUGACGAUGUGACAGGGACAACGUCUGACAAACUGGUGUCACCACCUUUUUUUGCUCUUCUUCAACGUCCAGAUUUGACAGCAGUUUUCUGCAUGUAAACACUUAAACAGUCCGUCACUGUUUGUGCCUUUGAUACAAAGUGAAGCACGAGAAAGGAGGGAGAUUAGAAGUGAAACUAGUUUCUAUGUUGGAAAGAGACGAUGGAGUGAUGUAUUAGCUUUGUUGUGAGUAGCUCAGAACUGCAAAUGGUCAGAUGGGACUGUCUGUAGACUGUACAGUAGGUGGAAGAAACCUUGCAUGCUUCAUGCUUAUUUAGAAAGGAUCUAUGUGUAUGUUUAAUGGUAUUACUUUAACAUAAUUUAAGUUAUAAUGAUCUUAAACUAAAUUAUUAAUAACUUGUUUAUUUGCUCUCAGUCCUUAAUAAUAAUAAAUAGUAUUAUUCCUAGUAUA